AUGCCAGGUAAAUUAAGGGGUAUCCAGAAAGAUGUGAUACAUUUUUAUAGACAGUGUAUAAGAGCUGCUUUAAGAAAACCUCGAAAUAAGCAGCAACAUUUUGUCACUUAUAUCCAUGAAGAGUUCGAUAAGUAUAGAGAUUUACCAAGAAAGGACUUUGGUACAAUUGAAUACCUACUCCGAGCUGGGGAUAAAAAAUUGAAGAUGUAUUCAAGACCUGAAUUAACUGAUAUUCAUUAA